AUGGCUGUUCCUGGACCCCCUCCGUUCCUCCUACCACCGCUGCUGUUACUGCUGCUGCUCUGCCUGGCAUCCAUGCCUGCAGCUGCAUACACGCUCACCCCUGGACGACAGCCACAACACAAAGUCCUGCACCUUGACUGGCCUAAAGAUUGUGGCAUGGCUCACUUCAAGCCUAACAUGGCUGAGAGGAUUGUAUCUGGAAACGAGGCCAGACCUCACUCCUGGCCCUGGCAGGUUUCACUACAGGUUCGCCCCAGGGGCAGUAAACACUUCAUCCACGUGUGUGGAGGAACCCUCAUUCACAAGAACUGGGUCCUCACCGCUGCUCACUGUUUCCAGAAGGGAAAAGCUGAGGAUAGUGGGAGCUGGAGGAUUGUUCUGGGAAAACACCAGUUGAAGCGGUCGGAAACGGCAGAGAGGAUUUUCCCCGUCAAGAGAAUCUACCGCCACGAACACUUCCGUUACCCUACACACAGCGAGCUGGACUAUGACAUUGCCCUGGUGAAGGCUGCUACAGAUAUCCUGCCUUCUAAUUUCAUCCGUUACGCCUGCCUGCCGCGCAAGCAGACCAACCUAAAACCAGGACACUACUGCUGGGUCACAGGCUGGGGAGACACCAGGGGUGGCAAGGAGAACGUUUCUCUAGCUGAGGCGCUGAAUCAAGCACGUCUGCCCAUCAUUGACUACAAGACCUGCCGCCAGAAGAAAUUCUGGGGUGACCGUGUCAGAGACUCCAUGAUCUGUGCUGGCUUCAGAGACACAGAGGGCCCACCUGCUGCAUGCCAGGGUGACUCUGGUGGCCCUCUGCUGUGCCAGCUGGGGCGAGACCGUUGGGAGGUGCAUGGCGUGGUGAGUUUCGGUCCCAUCGGCUGCACCGUGGAGAAUAAACCCAGUGUAUUCACUCGCACUGCUGCCUAUAUCCCCUGGAUUGAAGCAACGCGUAUCAGGGACUUCUUCCUGCACUGA